UUGUGACGUCGUGUAACUUCCCAAGUUUCAUGACUCGAUUGACCGAAAAUAUCAUUGUUUCGAAUAUGUUUAGAAUGUUUAAUCAUUACUCAUUCAUAAACCAAGAAGUGGAAGGAAAGUCUACGCUGGUGUAACCUGUAUUUCUCAAGCCCAACGCAGGCUGAACAUUUACGAUUUUGUUUACGAGUCGUGGGAAAUUCUGUGUGGAAACUCGAAAAGUGUUGAGUGAAUUUUUAGUUUUUACUAAAAAACUGCUGGCACUGCUGGCACUGAGGACUUCGUUAAGUAUGGCGCCCGUGAAGAAAUACAUCCGUGAUAUUCCAGUAUCCUGCCGGCAGGAUUUGUGCCGUAUGCUUGAUGUGUCCUCCUUAUGGGUGACUUUAGCUGGAAAGCUUAACUUCACCAACGACGACGUCCAGUCAUUUAGGAGUGCCCUAUACAGACCAGGAAAUAGUAGUCCCACAGACGAAAUGCUAACGGUGUGGGACUACAGUUGCCAUACAAUCACCGAACUCUACCAUAAACUGUAUGAGAUGAGACACGCUAGAUCCAUGAUGCUCUUGAAGGACUUGGUUGACCCCAGUCUUCAUCGUCUGAUCCGAGAGAUUCAAGGAGUUCAGCCGACUGAAGAAGUCAACGAUGAGCCAGAGUUUCCCGGACAUCCCCAACUACCCCCUCUUCCCAGCAAUCCACAUGGUCUGACGGCCAACAUCAACAAGUCCUCUGAGAAGGUCAACGGUCUAGAGUCGCCGUUCAAGGACUGGCAAAGGGAGCGGACUGGGUCCUCGAUGAGGGUCGAUAACAAGAGCAGUGGCAGGGGAGAGUGUAGUAGUGGCUGUAGUAGCGAGCUGGCCUCAAUAACGGAUGAACAAGGAGUUAAAAAGACAAUGGAAGACCACCAGAACACAUCUGCAUUGAGUAGCCUUAUUCACAUGCACUACGAGGAGAUUGUCAAAGCGACCCGAGACUUUGAUGAAUGCUGUAAACUUGGAGAGGGCUCAUUUGGGACUGUGUACCAUGCCAUGAUCAAUAUGUCUCACUAUGCUGUAAAGUGUAUGAAGAAGAAUGAGUACAUGGGGUACGAGACGAUGGAGAUCGCUAGAACCGAUCAGUUGAAAGAACUGAGGGCACUAGUCAGGUAUCGUCAUCGUAACAUUGUUGCCCUGUUGGCUUACUGCAUGGAUGGCCCCUCACCCUGUCUGCUUUAUGAGUUUAUGGAGAAUGGCUCCCUGGAAGAUAAUCUUCUGUGCAAGGCUCAAAGGGGACCUCUGGAUUGGAGAUUGAGACAUAAAAUAGCUGAAGGGUCCGCUAACGGCAUUAACUUCCUGCACAGAGCUCAGGACCAACCGCUAAUUCAUGGUGACAUCAAAAGUGCGAACAUCUUACUGGACAAGCACUUUGAACCGAAGAUCGCCGAUUUCGGACUUGCAAGGCUGGGGCCAGAGAACGGGAAGACAUAUUGCUACUUGAAGACCAAGAACGCCCAUGGGACCCUUGCGUACCUUCCUGAGGAAUACAAACGCAGUUCUAAGCUCUCGACCAAGGUGGAUGUCUACAGCUUUGGGGUGGUUUUGAUGGAGAUUCUUGCUGGGGAGAGAGUUGCAGACAGCAAGCGCGAACCCAACAAAUUACUC